GCUGGACUCCGCGCCGGGGCCGCCAAUGUGCCUCGGGAAGCAGGCGUUCACCUUGGCCUUAGGGGUUGUGGUUGCACUUUGCCAGAAGGGACUUGCGGCAAGGACCAUGCGGUGAAGCCGAGCGCCGGACCCGGGACCGCUGCCGUGCACUCACCCCUCCCUCCCCCCCACCCCCACUCCCCCGCCGCCCCCGCGUGGAGGGAUCGCCCGGGACUGCUCCCGUCAGAAAAGGGAAAUAACAACCCGAGCAGGAGCCUCGCAUUCCCUGCGUCUUCUUGGAGACCACCUUCGCAAGCGCCCCGCGCUGCCUGAUCCUGCUCCCCGCUCCCUGCGGCAGCCUGCAGCCGGCGUACGCUAGACCGAGACAAACCGUUUGCAGAAGGGGCUUGGUUUUGUUGCCCGUCACCUCCAGACCGAGGGACUCGCGGCCAAAGGAGAGCGCUUCUUCCCUCGGCGUCCCGCGGGUCUGGCUCUGCGGAGGAGCGGGUCCGGGGAAGGCGGCCCGCUGAAUGCUGACCCCCGAGAGGGGCGGGCUGCGGCAGGCAGCAGAGCUGGAUUUUCCUCCGCUCGCCGAGUAGGACGUGGAGAUCUGCGAGGGCUUUGCAGAGACGAGGAGCGCAGCCCGCCUGCCUUCCCCCGCCCCGCGGGGCUGGGAGGGCCAGGAGCCGGGGCUGCAGCCCCGCCGUCCCCAUCGCCCUGCGGAGCCGCCGCCGCGCCGCCCUCCGCCGAGUGGAUUUGCCGUCACUGGUGACCCCUUGGAAAUAAGAUUUCAGAUGCAUGCCAGGUUCCCACUGAAUGCCAGAAGUAGAGAUCACUACAGAUGGAGCCCCAAAGUCCACAUGGCAGCGGUGGUUCACUAGUGGUGAUUCAGCAGCCCUCCUUGGACAGCCGGCAACGGUUGGACUAUGAAAGAGAGAGCCAGCCAACAACUAUCCUGUCACUGGACCAGAUCAAGGCGAUCAGGGGCAGCAAUGAGUACACCGAAGGUCCAUCCGUGGUGAAAAAAUCUGGUCCGCGGACAGCGCCGAGGCAAGAGAAGCAUGAAAGGACUCACGAAAUUAUACCAAUUAAUGUGAAUAAUAAUUACGAACACAGACCCAGCCACGUGGGGCACGUGGCACACCAGCAUAACGCGAGGGCUCCCGUCUUGAGCAGAUCAACCAGCACGGGGAGCGCAGCCAGCUCUGGGAGCAACAGCAGUGCUUCCUCAGAGCAAGGACUGCUGGGGCGGUCACCUCCAUCCAGGCCGGGCUCAGGCCACAGAUCCGAUCGGACAAUCCGGACGCAGCCCAAGCAGUCGUCUCUGAUCGUGGAUGAUCUGAAGGGUCCUUUGAAAGAGGACUUGACGCAGCACAAGUUUAUCUGCGAACAGUGCGGGAAGUGCAAGUGCGGCGAGUGCACGGCCCCGAGGGCCCUCCCUUCUUGCCUGGCCUGCAACCGGCAGUGCUUGUGCUCUGCAGAGAGCAUGGUGGAGUACGGCACCUGCAUGUGUUUGGUCAAAGGGAUCUUCUACCACUGUUCUAACGACGAUGAAGGGGACUCUUACGCGGAUAAUCCCUGCUCUUGUUCCCAGUCACACUGCUGUUCUAGGUACCUGUGCAUGGGAGCGAUGUCCUUGUUUCUGCCUUGCUUGCUCUGCUACCCUCCUGCAAAAGGAUGCCUAAAACUCUGUCGAGGGUGUUACGACCGCAUCAAUCGUCCAGGUUGCCGAUGCAAGAACUCCAACACCGUCUAUUGUAAACUGGAGAGCUGCCCCUCCCGGGGUCAGGGCAAGCCCUCAUGAUUUUUGGAGGGAGGUUUACUUCCUCCAACUUCAGUUUUUCAGGUUGUAGCUGAUUUUUUUUUUUCCUUUCUUUCUUUUUUUCCUCCCUCCCCUCCCCCAUUUGGGGGGAGCUGUUCUUUUGCUUUCCUUUCUGUCUCCCCAACUUCAAAUACACCAAGUUCUUCCCUUUGCAUCUUUGCUCUCUUCUUCCUACUGACUUGGCUGAGUGUGGAGCGUUUUACGUAGUCAUUGCUGCUCUUUGGUAAGUGUGGACCUGGUAUCUGCAUCUGCCGCUCACUUUGGCAGGGUCUUUUGAGUUUGUAACUGAACCACUCCUGAAAGAGACAGUGAGGGCUCACUGGGCUCUUGAAGCUUCUUGCUCUGUGAAUAUCUUCCCAAAGAUGUUUUUCGUUCUCAGCAAUUCCGCCCCCCCCCCUCCCUUAACCCCCUGGGUACCAAGGAAGAAUAACUUUCAUGAGUGAGCUGGAUUGUGAAAUAACUUUUUGUGUGUGUCCUUUCUGGAGAGGGAUGUAAAAUAAAGGCUUUACCAAAUGAAAGGCCUGACUCUUCUAUAAGCAGCCUGCUUUUUUUU